AUGGGGUCUAUCUCGGUAGAACCCAACCGCAAGGAAGCCGUGGUGAUCGGGGCAGGCUUCUCGGGAAUCUAUGCAUUGCAUAAACUCAAAGAAGCCGGGUUCGACGUUCAUCUGUACGAAGCCGGGUCCGGGGUGGGAGGAAUCUGGCAUUGGAACUGUUACCCUGGAGCGCGGGUCGACACCCCGGUGCCCACAUACCAGUUGACGUCGGACGAGACGUGGACGGGAUGGAACUGGUCGCAGCGGUUCCCCGACUACUCGGAACUACGCACCUACUUCCAGCACCUGGUCAAAGUAUGGGAUCUGGGCUCACUGAUCACCUUCAACACCCGGGUUGAGGCGAUGCGCUGGGACGAGCAGAGCCACCAAUGGACGCUCCAGCUCCGCCACACCAACACGACGCCCAGCUCAAGCGAGCAGCAGGACGAAGAGGUGGUGGCGCGCGACGUGGUGGUGUGCACCGGGUUCGGGUCGAAGCCGUACAUCCCGCCGUUCCCCGGCCUGUCGAAGUUCCAGGGCGAGCUGCACCACACGGGGCUGUGGCCGCAGACCGGGUUGGACAUGACGGGCAAACGGGUGGCCGUGAUCGGAACCGGGGCCAGCGGCGUGCAGCUGAUCCAGGAGGCGGCCAAGCAGGCUGCGCACCUGACGGUGUUCCAACGCACGCCCAACACGGCGUUGCCGAUGCGGAACGACCAGUACGAUGAGGCGAUGAACGAGGCGUGGAAGAAGACGUUCGACGACACCAAGCAGACCAUCCUGCGCACGUACGCCGGCUUCGACUACGAGUUCGACCCGGGCUCGGCGCUGCAGGUGGCACCGGAGGUCAAGGCCGACUUCUACCGCAACCUGCUGAAGAGCGGCGGCCUCCAUUUCUGGCUGGGCACGUACUCGGACGUGCUGUUCAGCGAAGAGGCCAACGCCGAGGCGUACGAGUUCUGGCGCCAGACGGUGCUGCCGCGCAUCCACGACCCGCGCAACCAGGAGAUCCUGGCGCCCAAGGUCGCCACCCACCCGUUCGGCACCAAGCGCAUCAGCCUGGAGAAGCAGUACUUUGAAGUCUUCAACCAGGACAACGUCGACCUGGUCAGCCUGGUCGACAACCCGAUCGUCGAGGUGACCGAGACCGGCAUCCGCACCGCCGACGGCGGCUUCCACGAGCUCGACAUCAUCUGCGCCGCGACCGGCUUCGACAGCGUCACGGGCGGCAUCACGUCCAUCGACAUCCGCGGCACAGACCCCAAGGAGUCGAUCAAGGACAAAUGGAGCAAUGGUACCUCGACCCUCUUCGGCAUCAUGGUCAACGACUUCCCCAACCUGUUCCUGAUGUACGGCCCGCAGGCCCCGACCGCCUUCGCCACGGGGCCCUCGUCGGCCGAGUGCCAGGGCGAUUGGAUCGCCGCCUGUCUGUCGUACCUGCGCGACCACCACCUGACCCGCAUCGAGCCCACCAAAGCCGCCGAACAGGACUGGCGUGACCAUACCCUCGACAUGGGCGAGAAGGGUCUGUUCACAAAGGCCAAGAGCUGGUACUACGGCGACAAUAUCCCCGGGAAACCGCGCGAGGCCUUGAACUACAUGGCCGGCCUUCCAACCUACCGGAAGAAGAUUUGGGACUCGGCCACCAAUGACUACGAGGGUUUUAACCUGGCGGCUUAG